GGAGCCCAUUCUAUGCGUUCUCACAUCUGACAUCACCCACUCUCAACUGCUAAUUGGCAAAAGCCCGUCUCUCCGUCUAUUUGUAUAAAUUGAUUUCAAAUUACUAAGCCGCGCUCAGUUGUUAUUGAGCUCAGUGGCUGGAAAGUACAUCAUGAGAUCGUAUAUUGUACUUGUUUUCAUAGUGGGCACUUUGUUGUUCGCCGCGACAAAUGCGCAGCAGAACUAUGAUGGAAGAAAUGGGCCCCACGAAUUCGGAACACCUGGCAGUGGCAUUUACAUACGGGGUCAUAACGAAGGACCCUACACAGUGCCAGGUGUGGAAGGCGUCUUCCAAAACUCAAAUGGCCAACAUGUCUACACCGAUGAGCAGGGAAAUACCUACGCACAUGCCUCCUCGGGAAAAAAAUUCUCCACGGGAACUACCCAGAGUUUGGCCUCUUCACCCUUAAGCUUCAGCAUGGGUGGCGUCCUCAUUUUGCUUAUUAGUUUAAUAACCAUUUAAAGGCCAGCUCCAAGUGCAAAAGUUUCAAUUAAUUAAUUUGACACAUCGUUUUCUAGUUCAUUCCCACGGAAAUCUACUUUUUCAAUUGCAUACAUGAAAGUAACUAAUUUCCUGCUAAGUUUUCUGUACAUUUAUUUAUAUGCUUUUUCUUUUGAUCUAACACAAAUUAUUAGGCUAUUAAACAAGAAUGAAAAUAAUA